CAGUUCCGAUUCAAAACAGCACCGGUCGGCUUUCGGAGCACAUGUGUUUUUGUUUGGUACAGUGGCGAAUUCAUUCCGAGUGCGUUUAAUUUAAUUAUAAAGGAAAAAAUGCCUGAAUUCGACGUUUCCGGCGAUGAAUCGGACUCCAGCUACGUGAGCUACGAUGAGGAUGACGAGCUGCGGGAAGCAUUGGCAAAAGGUCUGCUGAAACCAGGUCUAAACGUGAUUCCCAAAGACAAACAGGAACCCGUAAAUAACGUGCCGAAACUAAAAUCUGCCCUGGAAACGCUAAUCCUGAAAGCACCCUGGGUAGAACGACUGGAUUUGGUUAACGAUUUGGCCCCUCUAACUCCGGAGCUAGCCAUCCAGAUCGAAAAGCACGAGCAAAAACGGGAAAAUCAAUUCAAGGGUAACAAAAAGAUUCCAUAUGUGGCACCGCAAUCGGACCCGGUGCUAAAUGACUUCAAGCGGGAAAUCCUCUUCCACCGGCAAGCUCAGGCCGCAGUCGUCGAGGGAAUUAAGCGAUUGCACGAGUUGAACAUCGUUACUAAACGGCCAGACGAUUAUUUUGCCGAAAUGGCCAAAACCGACGAGCACAUGCAACGCAUUCGGAAAGUGUUACUUGCCAAACAGGAAGGUAUCGCCAAAUCGGAACGUGCCAGGCAGCUGCGAGAACAACGACGCAUCGGCAAACUUAUCCAGCGACAGGCCACCGAGAAACGGGACGAAGAACGACGAAAGAUGUUGAACGAUAUCAAAAAGUUCCGCAAGGGUAAAUUGUCUAAUUUGGACUUUUUGGAUGACGAUGAAGAGGGCGGUGCCGGUGGCGCAGGUAGGAAAAAGAAGAAUGCCGGUCGAGGAUCGGCCAAUAAGAAACAACCGAAUGCCAAGCGAAAGGCCAAGAAUGCCAAGUUUGGAUUCGGUGGCAAGAAGAAGGGUACGAAGCGGAAUAAUAAAGAAUCGUUCCUUAAUGAUGGACCGAAGAAAAAGGCUGGAAUGAAGAAGGGUGGAGGAGGUGGUGGCGCUGGGGGAAAACGACUUGGCAAAAAUCGACGGGCACAGAUGAAAUCUCGAGGAAAGUGAGAUAUAGAGUUUGUGCGAAGAUAAUACCUACCUAAUGUUAAAA